UUUUUCAAAUAACGCGUUGUCGCCUUUCUUAUUCAAAUACUUCGCCUUCGCUGGCUUCUCUUCUUCAACGUAAUCUCUGAUUUUUUUUUUCUUUUAUCUUUUACUCAACAGAUCUCGUUUCCUCCUUUUCGAAUUUGAUUUUCAGUCUAUUAUUCCAACCCAAGUAUUGAAACGAAUCGAUUAAGUUUCUGAUUCCUCCCGAUUGCUUCUAUUUUGGUUGUUGGAGGCUCUGGUUGUUCCUUCUUUUUUUGGAGGGAAAUUAAACAUUUCUGCCGUGGUUUAAGAUUUCAGAGGCGAUUUCCGUCGAGGGGUUUUUUUUUUCCUCUCUUAAUUUUAUUUGUUUUCGCGAUGAUCGAUGUUGGGUUUACGAGGUUGAUUCUGGAGUAAUAUGGAAUUGGCUGUUCCACGAAGAGAAAAUGAAUCUUUACAUUGGCCGGGAAUCUUCAAAGCUAUGGAAAAGAGUCUGUGCAGAGACCUCCACGGAGAUCAUCCUUCUCGUAGAGAAUUGGAAAUACCUUCUUGGGGGGCUCAUUUGUCAGUACAUACAUGGUUUAGCUGCUAGAGGAGUUCAUUAUAUACAUAGGCCUGGACCAGUACUUCAGGACGUUGGUUUCUUUCUUCUUCCGGAGCUCGGACCUGACAAAGCUUACAUCAGUGAAACUUUGUUUUCUUUCAUCUUUAUAUCAUUUGUCUUGUGGACCUUCCAUCCUUUCAUUCUCAAAACUAAAAWGAUCUACACAGUUCUGCUAUGGUGCAGGGUUCUAGCGUUUUUAGUUGCUUCUCAAAUCCUUCGUAUUGUAACAUUCUAUUCAACCCAACUUCCUGGUCCGAACUACCAUUGCCGUGAGGGUUCAAAACUUGCCACGUUGCCUCCCCCGAAAAGCAUACUCGAAGUUUUCAUAAUCAAUCUUCCAAGGGGUGUAUUGUUUGGUUGUGGAGACUUAAUUUUCUCAUCGCACAUGAUCUUUACUCUUGUUUUUGUGCGCUCGUAUCAGAUAUAUGGUACUCAAAGGUUCAUAAAGCAGUUGGCCUGGUUACUCGCUAUAGUACAGAGCUUCUUGAUUGUAGCCUCGCGCAAACAUUACACUGUUGACGUUGUAGUAGCAUGGUAUACAGUGAACCUGGUUGUAUUCUUUGUUGAUAAGAAGUUACCAGAAUUGCCCGACCGAACCAGUGUCGCUGCAUCUACAUUAUUACCAUUGAGCACAAAAGACAGAGACACCAAGACAAAAGAUGAGAAUCAUAAGCUCAUCAAUGGGAACUCCGGGGACCCUGCAGAUAGGAGAUUAAGAACUCAAGUCAAUGGCAAGAUUGUUGAAGAGGGAACUGCAGUUCACAUCAAUACUUCCAUGAAUGGUGGUGCAUAGGAGGGGCAACAGUAAGUUCUCCAAACGGGCCUGGAAAAAGAUUUAUAUGAGAAACUGCUCAAUCUUUGAUUUAGGAGGGUUGGAUGAAUCUGGUUGUGAAUCUGUAUCUGGGAUAGGUGAAAUUAGUAGUUUAACUCUCUUUUAACCCCCACCCCGGAAAAAAAAAAGAAGGAAUCAAAAAGGAAAAAGAAGUAAUUUGAGUUAUGUGCUUCUUUGACAAUUUUGCAGCAUCCUUUUUUCUACUUCUUAUCUGCCUUAAACAGUGCAUUAAAUGGAUCAAAAGUUUGAGAGUUUCCACUGUAAAUAUGUGAGGAAAUGGACAAAAGAUUUUGAAGAAUGCAUCAUCAUCUGAUUCUGAUAGGUACACAACAUGCAUAAACAGGGUGGAAGACAAUGUGGUGGCAGUGGGGGCCCACAUACAGAAAGAUAGCAAGAACAGCAAACGUUGCAAUUUGAAAAGUUUGAUGAAAUAACAUGCGGGAGAGCACAUGAUGUUCCUUUUAUGAUGAGGAUCUCUGGCAUGUGCUGUCCCAGCAAAAUUAAUGCCCUUUUUUCUUUUUCUUUAUUUUUCCUGCCCAUCCCCACCUCCAAACCAAAUCUUUCUCUGUAGGCAAGCUUUCUUUCUUUCUUUCUUUCUUUCUUUUUUAAUAUUAUCAAUGAGAAUGGUAUAAAACAUCACACUCUCACAGGUGAUUUGUUUUCAUUUUAAAAGCAAGCUGGCUCUCAAUCACGUGCCCUUUCUUUUUUCUCACAUUGGCUGGGGGUGAUCUACAAGUUAUUUAUUCUUUUUGGACCAAAUCCAUUAUGUUCAAUCAAAAUACGUUUUCUCUGAUCUUUUUUACCAAUGUAAUUGGGGUCAAACUCUUGAUGGGUUCUUUAUACCAACCGAUUGAGACACGACGUAAGUGAAGAAGAGUAUAAAUAGUGUAUAUGUUGGAAAGUGGUUCGAGUUAUACCUCYAGCGGGAAGAAGUACAAAGAUUAGAAGUUGUUCUUUUUUUCUAAAACAAACUGUAGCUGUCUGAAUCAAGCUGGGUGUCACCUCCAAAAGUACUGAAGAGAAAAGGAGAAAACAUGAAGCAUCUGUCUAGUUUUUCAUGGAUCCAAGACUGAGUUUACAGCAAAGCUUGGGUUUGUUUUAAUGGCGGAUAUGGUUGGACACUUGACAU